GCCGGGGCAGAAGCAUCCCCUCCGACUCCGCGUGUGGAAUCUACGGCCGGGCGGGCAGCGACUGAGUUUACCCGGCCUGUCAUGGCGACGGCCUCCUCCCCGGGGGGAAACACUCCCGCCGGCCCCGGGCCUGACCCGGCCGGGCCGGUCCAGCUGCAGUACAGCCUCCUGCUGGAGCACCUGGUGGGGGAGCGGCGGGGACCGCGCCAGGCCCGGGCCCUGGACCCCGCCGCGCUGGGGGGCAUCCCGGCCCCGCCCAAGAGCGACGAGCAGAAGCUGAUCGAGCGGGUCAUGGAGAGCUGCGGGUUCAAGGCGGCGCUGGCCUGCGUGGGAGGUUUUGUUUUGGGAGGAGCAUUUGGUGUAUUCACAGCAGGCAUUGAUACCAACGUAGGGUUUGAUCCCAAGGAUCCCUAUCGUACACCAACCGCAAAAGAAGUCCUUAAAGAUAUGGGGCAACGCGGGAUGUCCUAUGCCAAAAACUUUGCCAUUGUGGGUGCUAUGUUCUCCUGUACUGAAUGCCUAGUAGAGUCUUAUCGUGGAAAAUCAGACUGGAAGAACAGUGUUAUUAGUGGGUGCAUCACUGGAGGAGCCAUUGGCUUUAGAGCUGGUUUAAAAGCAGGGGCCAUUGGUUGUGGUGGCUUUGCGGCAUUCUCGGCAGUGAUUGAUUAUUACCUACGGUAACAGCGCAGUCCGGUGGGGAAGUUUCACUUCUGUUCCAGUGCCGCUGGUAAGAGCUGUGGGUUCACCAGACUUACUUCCUUGCCUUUGGAGCGGUGAUCAGAGCAGGAUGGUGCCUGCUGUUUCCUAAAUGACUGAUAAUCCUUUCACCCCUGGCCUGGCAGGCUGAUCUCAUGCCCAGGCGCUGGAGUUCCUUGGAAUUGAGCCAGGCUUUUGGACACACAGUGGUCAGUGUCAUCAUCGGAAUGGAUAAACUGUCAGUUUCCAAGAACUAAGCCUUUUCUCGCUAAGCCUUCCGGACCCUUUGGGCUCUGACUUCUGGGGAGUGUUUUGCUGGUGUUGAAAGAGGCAAGCUGUCAGGAUCUUGAUAAAUAAAUGCAGCAAGCUAGGUUGUCACAGUUUGCUGCGAACAUUUAACAGUAA